AUGCAUGCCUGGGGAAGGGUGGCCAAUGCUGCUGUGUACUGCCAGUGCUGCAUUCAAAUGGGCAGGUUAGGGGCCAGGCCAGAUAUCCUGGAGCAAUACAAAGAGUUGAAUGACUCUGACCUAACUAUCAGCAUGGCAGUAUCUGACCCAAAUGCCAGAGGUCACAGGGACAAUACCCUACCUUGGAUCUGGACAAUGGAUGUACUAAGGGACACAGCUGCUAAUGAUUGGAUGUCAGAAUUUUACAGGGUCAAUUGGCUUUGGAUGAGAGCAAUGCAGGACAGAUGGAAGGAGGAGAUUCAGCUGUUGAAAUGCAAGCAGGAGUGGACUAAAAACUUCUUUGAAAACAAGGUAAGAUUUUGGACUGGCAGAAAGGCUGCCACAUUGGAAAAGGGACAGGCCAGGCCAGCAUGCUAUGCCACACAGCAAUGCCAGAUGUAUGGCAGAUUAGCAUGUCUUCUGUGA